CGUUACAAACUCCAGAAGCGUGAAAAGCUCAACUUCUUCUUCUUUUUCCCUCGUCGAUCAAUGAAUGAGAGAGAACCAGAAAACCCUAGCCAAUCAGUAAUACAACUAAACCCUAACUCUGAUCAAACUCUUCGGCGAUAAUCACAUUGCUUUUUUCGGUGAUUUUGAUGGAUUCUAUCGGCAAAUCCACUAGGCUUACGCCUAAAAAAUGCUCCAAAAUUUCUGAGAAUGCGAACCCAAAUGUGGAGCUCAGUCCAGCUUUAUCAAAAUCUUCUAAAUCAGCGAGUAGAACUCAGCGUUUAGUUUCCAGGAAUUCUAGUACUAACAAAUUGGCUUCAAUUUCGCCGAAAAAUAAGAUUAGUCAGAGGAAGUUUGUAUUUGCGAAGAAGAAGAAAUGUAAUAAGGAUAAUCUGAAAUCUAAAAUGAUUUGUAACUGUGAUAAGGAUGGUGCUGAGAAAAAAAAGUGUCUUUGUGUUGCUUAUGAGAGUCUCAGGGCUUCUCAAGAAGAGUUUUUUAAGAAUCGCUGUGGAAAUGAACAGGAAGAGUAUGACAUUGAGGAGUUGGAUGAAGUAAAUGGAGCUGAAAAUGGCGAUGGAGAGCGAAUUAUGGGGUGUUACGGUGAUUCGCCAGUCAGGCAUAGGUUGAGUCUGACUACAGUCGAUCAGGAGGUAACAGUUCCUGUUUCAAUUUCCAUUGAAUUGCGCGAUAGUUCUGUGGCAGAUGAAUUGGUGGAAAGGGGCAAUGAGGAUGUGGGUCGGCGUGAAAUGAGUGGUGGGACUAUAAAGAGGAGGAGGGAGAGGUUGUUGGAAGAAGCAAGACAAAGUGUACCUGAAACUGGUUCUGGAAGAGUGAAGCAUUUAGUUAAGGCUUUUGAGAAGCUUCUCUCAAUACCAAAAACAAAAGGGUGUGAGGAGAAAUUGGAAAAUGAUGAAAAUGAAGCAGAGGAUUCUUGCAAGGAACAAAAAUGGGCAUUGCCUGGCUUACAACCUCCCAAGAUUACUGAGACACAGGUAUCUUCAUCCUCGUUUUGUCCAUCAGAUUUCUUCCUCAACUCUGAGAGUUUAGGCUUGGAUUCACGUCGUGCCUCCUCAUUGGAUAGCAACCAUGGAUGCUUCAGUAUUUCAAGCAGGACUUCAGGUGGUGGUCGAAGGAGCAGACGCAAUAGUAUGGAAUCAUCAAGCACAUUUGCUAAAAGAAACUGGAAGAGAAAGCAGCUCAAAGUGACCUCGCAAAAGCCUUUCAAACUAAGAACUGAGGAAAGGGGAAAAUGUAAAGAGGAAGAGUUUUUAAAGAAAGUGCAACAAACGGUGGAGGAAGAGGAGAAACAGCGGAUACCAAUUGCACAAGGCCUUCCAUGGACAACAGAGGAGCCAGAGUGUUUGCCAAAGCCUCCGAUGAAAGAAAGCACAAGGCCAGUUGAUCUGGUGCUGCACAGUGACAUUAGGGCUGCUGAACGUGCCGAGUUUGAUCAUCAGGUGGCAGAAAAAAUGAGCCUUAUUGAACAAUACAAGAUGGAAAGAGAGAGAAUGCAGAAGAUGGCUGAGGAAGAAGAAAUUAGGAGGCUGAGAAAGGAACUUGUUCCAAAAGCUCAACCGAUGCCCUACUUUGACAGGCCUUUCGUUCCUAGAAGGUCAACAAAAGAUCCUACCGUUCCAAGAGAGCCUAAGUUCCAUAUACCUCAACAUAAGAAGAUUAAGUGCUGCAUGUCUUGGAAUGGUAUGUACAUACACAACAACAGUGAAUGGGGGAUGCAGCAAUGACAAGUGAGGCAGCAAUGACUAAUGAGGCAGACCUGCAUUUGGGUUUGCAUCACCUACUCAUAUUCUUUUAUUCAACGAUGGUGUAUAUGAAGCAAUAGUUUAUCAUAAUCGUAUCAAUUUUGGUAUUGAAUCACUAACUUUUCAUAAUUGCCUCAAUUUUGGAAAAGAAAACAGUGAUUUUGGCACAAUGUAUUCAAUCUUGAUCAACAACUCUCUAUUUGCACAACACAGAGUACUAUUGUGAUUAUGAAUGAGAACAUUUUAAUCCUCUCA